GACAAAUCCAGCUCACUGCACAUAUACACGCCGUAUAUAUAUAAUCAUAACAGUCCUUAUGCUUGCCAUAACUGUCCGCGCAAUCCGCGGUUUUAUUCUUUUCUUCAUCAUUCCAACGACUGAUCCACAGUUCCAUAAACCGCCAUGGACGGCGGCGGAGGACCGGCACCGGUGGGAGUGCAGAUCCAGCAGACUCGGCGGCUGCCGGAUUUUCUCCAGAGCGUCAACUUGAAGUACGUGAAACUAGGUUACCACUACUUGAUUUCUCAUCUGUUAACUCUGUGUCUGAUUCCUGUGAUGGUCGUUAUUAUUAUCGAGGCCUCUCAGAUGAAUCCAGAUGACAUUCGCCAGUUAUGGCUUCAUUUGCAGUACAAUCUCGUUUCUGUGAUUAUCUGCUCCACCGUUAUGGUCUUCGGAUCCACGGCUUAUAUCAUGACCCGGCCGCGGCCGGUGUAUUUGGUUGAUUACUCCUGUUAUCAGCCUCCCGAUAGCCUCAAGGCUAACCAUCAUCGGUUCAUGGAUCACUCUCGGCUCACAGGAGACUUCGAUGAUUCCAGCCUCGAGUUUCAGCGUAAGAUCUUAGAGCGGUCUGGCCUUGGGGAUGAGACUUAUUUCCCGGAGGCUAUGCACUGCGUCCCCCCUCAGCCGUCUAUGCUGGCCGCCAGGGAAGAGGCAGAGCAGGUUAUGUUUGGUUCAUUGGAUAAUUUAUUCGCCAAUACUUGUUUAAAACCAAAAGAUAUAGGCAUACUCAUUGUAAAUUGUAGCCUGUUUAAUCCAACUCCGUCACUUUCUGCUAUGAUUGUGAAUAAAUACAAAUUAAGAGGCAAUAUUAGGACUUUCAACUUGGGGGGUAUGGGUUGUAGUGCAGGUGUGAUUGCUAUUGAUCUAGCCAAGGACUUAUUGCAAGUGCACAGAAAUACCUAUGCUGUUGUUGUUAGCACAGAAAACAUCACACAGAAUUGGUAUUUUGGGAAUAAGAAGUCUAUGCUGAUACCAAAUUGUUUGUUUAGAGUGGGAGGUUCUGCUGUUCUUUUAUCUAACAAGUCAAUAGACAGGAGAAGGGCAAAGUAUAAGCUUGUUCACGUCGUGAGGACUCACCGAGGGGCCGAUGACAAGGCCUUCCGUUGUGUUUACCAGGAACAAGACGAAAACGGCAAGACAGGAGUUUCCUUGUCAAAAGAACUAAUGGCAAUUGCUGGUGGUACUCUGAAGACCAAUAUCACCACACUUGGUCCCCUCGUAUUGCCAAUCAGCGAACAGCUUCUCUUCUUUUCUACAUUGGUAAUCAAGAAAUUAUACAAUGAGAACAUCAUGCCAUAUAUUCCAGAUUUCAAGCUGGCAUUUGAUCACUUCUGCAUACAUGCUGGGGGAAGGGCGGUGAUUGAUGAGCUGGAAAAGAAUCUCCAACUCCUUCCAACACACGUGGAGGCCUCCCGAAUGGCACUACAUCGAUUUGGUAAUACUUCAUCCAGCUCUAUCUGGUAUGAGCUGGCAUAUACUGAGGCCAAGGGAAGGAUGAGGAAAGGACACAGAGUGUGGCAGAUUGCAUUCGGGAGUGGUUUCAAGUGUAACAGUGCUGUUUGGCAAGCACUUCGUAACGUGAGGCCAUCCACUAAGAGUCCAUGGGAGGAUUGUAUUGACCGUUAUCCAGUGAAAGUAGUGUUAUAGUUUCAUAGGUUAUGGUAACUCUUGAUAAUUGGUAUACAGUUUUCCCGAUCUGUUAUUCUCUGUGCUGCUUGUGCAUCCCUUUUUUCUGUUUCAUAGGGCUUGUACUUUCGGUUUUUAUCUUCCCUUUCCUGGUCCAGUGUUUAGAAUUUAUGGCUUUGUUCGGUUACCAUUUCAUAUGAAUCUAGUGUUGCAAUGCACUAGUGCAGUCUGUUAUUUGUGCAGGCUAUCGAGUUACAGAUGUACCAUUUACCAUUGGCUGCAGUAUUUUAAAAGAAUCAUUUUUGUUUUGGUAUAAUGCUUUCAUGAAAGAAACCACAGUGACAUGAGUUAAAUGGGGGUUCUGCUUUGUGUUUAUUGACCUUGCUUAAAAAGCCACAACAAUGUCAAUUUGAGCCCAAGUCAGCCACAAACAAGAAUUCUGCUUAUUUAUUACGGGGUAUAUUUUGCUUUAAAGGAGAAAUUAGAUAAGGCUACUGAAGGAAGCCCAAGUAUGAUGCAUUUUUCUGGUGCCAGAUGUAUUAUUUGUGUUCUGCUUUGUGUUUAUUGACCUUGCUUAAAAAGCCACAACAAUGUCAAUUUGAGCCCAAGUAAGUCAGCCACAAACAAGAAUUCUGCUUAUUUAUUACGGGGUAUAUUUUGCUUUAAAGGAGAAAUUAGAUAAGGCUACUGAAGGAAGCCCAAGUAUGAUGCAUUUUUCUGGUGCCAGAUGCAUUAUUUGUGUUCGUCAAAAUCUUGAAUUUCAACAAAUUUUCUAGUAAAUAAGCACUACUAAGCUAUAGUGAAAUUAUCCAUAGUUACAAGUCUCGGAAGUCUCAAACCUCAAACACAACUUGUGAGCUUGAUCCAUAAGUACACGCCAUUGUUCGAAAUGGAAGUUCAAACUCAC